AUGGAGGCCAGGCUCCUCGGCAGCCUGCACCACCGGCUCCGCCAGCACGAACUCACCAUCCAGGCCACCCGUCGCGAGCUUCUGGCCGACUUCCAGCAAUACUACGACGGUCUGCUGCGCGGCGUGCCCCUCCACCACGCAGCCAGCAUCCGCUCCGCCAUCACAGCCUCCUUCCUCUCCAGCUAUCCCACGCUCCGCCCCGAGCUCCCGCCCAUUGACUCACCACCGUCCGGGGACCCCAGGCCCGCUGCAUUCCAGCCGCCCUCACGGCCUCCCGCCUCCGGAUCCGCCGUCGCACCAGGUAGCCCUCGCGAGCGCGAGCACGAGCUCCAGGGCCUCUUCACCCCGACCUACCUGCCUCUGCUCGACGACUUCCCGACUCUGCCCCGGCCAGCCGACCCCCCUGCGCCAGGCUCCCCGCCAGGCAGCUCUCACUCGACGCCGCUGCCUGGCAUGGAACUCCAAGGCACCGCCAGCGAUCCCGCCGCGGCGGACGACAAGCCGGGCGAGCAGCGCGUUGAGUACGCCGCCUCGUCGGACCGCCCGGCGACCCCUGCGCAGCUCUUCAACGUGUCCACGUGGCCCAACUCUCGAGCGGCUGACGACACACGGUCGUCCAUCUCCUCUGAUAAGAGCGACUCAAAGCCCACCAAGAGCGCCCUGCGCCGCUCCUCCAGCAUCUCCAAACCGCCGCAGAGCCCGCGACGAGUCAGGUUCGAAUUCAUGGGUGCCGAGGUUUUGCCAACAACGUCGCCUCAACCCUCCGAGUUCAUCGCCCCCCGCCCGCCCUCGCCUGAGUCUGACGACGAUGCCAGAUUCAGCUCCAACUUGGGCGGGCAGGUGGGAGAGGAAGAGGACGAGGAAGCCCACGCAGCCCCGCCCCGCAAGGUUUCGUCGUCCGACGCCUUGCGCGCGUUGUCCCGGGCACCAUUAGACGAAGGAACGGUAUGGACGGUCGUGAACCCGGACGAGGACGAGGCUGCGUCGGAUAUACCACCACCUGCGCCUGAUGCACCCGUUACGAAAUUGGAUAUGGGGGCAAAUUCAAACCCACCUACAGGCCUGUCCGGCGUCAGGACAGAAAAUGCGACAAAGAUCGAAGAGGAUGUCUCUAGAAAUGGAUCCAACGAGACGCCAAAUAUGGCAGACAGUGACAACGACGACGAUUCAUCCGACGACGGGUUCUUGGCCAUGGCAAAGACACGGAAGAGUAAGCCGCUGCAGACCGCGGUGCCAACCUCACCACCCGCAUUCAAAGACAGCAACUCGACGAGUCACAUAGAUGAUCAGGCGCAAAAGUCCGAUGCGACCGCGGCAGCUGCUUCCGAUGAGGAGGACGACGACGAUGUUGAAGGAGAUGACAUGUUCUUUUUCGAGGCAGGAGGCCUAAGUGCUCCGCCCAGACCGCGCCCGCGCCCGCCGCUGCCAGAUUUGGAGGAGGACGAGGCGACGGAAGAAUCCACGACCCAGGAUCGCGAUGAGUCGGACGCGCAACAAGCUGAUACUGAUGAUGCCAAAACGAGUCUUUUCGCGACAUCUCCCGCAGUUCCAAUCCGACACGCUUCACGGGCGUCCCCCACUGUCCGGUUCCAGCCUGGGUCGCUUGGAUCAUACAAGGGGCGGCCUUUGAUGAUGCCGAUUGUGCGCGACCCCGAGAUACUCGCUCAGGCCAACUCGGUCAAGGAGUCCAGUCUCAGGGUGGACGGGAUCGACGACGAGGUUGCCAUGGCGGAGGGGUCGCCGCCGCCAUUCCCCAGCACGCCGCUCAGUUUCAGGGGACGCUUUAUAAUGGAGGAGAUGAUGGAAAGGGCGAGACAAGAGAAAGCCGAGAAAGCGGCUAACAAGACGGAAGGGAACGCGUAG